AUGCUGUGGAUCUGUAACCAGGGGCCCGCUCGCUCCCAGUGUCAGGUGUGCCCACAGCCUCCCCGCUCCCGCCGGCCCACAUGGUACAGUCCACAUGCGGUUCGGAGUUGUUGCCGAGGAGGUUCCACUCUUCAGCGCUCCUCAAACUGGCAUGCUUCCUACGCUUUGGCCAAGCAGCAGGGGACUUCACUUCUUCUUUUGACAAUGCUACUCUUUUCUGAGCGGAGGCAUCUCGGGCAGCAGAGCAAGAGCGCGCUCUGCUACGUUUUGUGCUUUAUUUCAGGUGCUGUGUGCAGUCAGGUGGUGGUGCCUCAGAGAGUGAGUGCCGUGCUGGGAAAGAAUGUGACUUUAGACUGCCGGGUGGAGGUUGGCACAAACCUGACUCUGACUCAGAGUUCCUGGGAGCGCCGCCUGCCUUCAGGCUCCGUAACCGUGGCGGUCUACAACCCCGAGCUUGGUACUUUCAUCCCGCCGGAGUACAUCAACCGCUUGCAUUUCCGGUCACCGUCCUCUCGCGAUGCCACCAUCGUGCUGGAAAACGUGGGCUUCUCAGACGUGGGGAUCUACACCUGUAAGGUGGCUACGUUUCCUCUGGGAAACACCCAGGCCUCCACCACCAUCAGUGUGCUUGUGGAGCCAAAGGUCUACGUUUCCGCCGGCUCGGCCGCUCUGAUCGACGGGGGCAACGACACCGUGGUGGCCACCUGCAUCGCCGAGCGAGCUCGGCCCCCUGCUGAGGUGUCUUGGGAGUCCAACCUUUUCGGCCAGUCAGAGGUGCAGCUGUUCGACGACGUCAACGGCACCACCAGCACACAGGUGCGCUACAUCUGGCAGCCGACGCGCCACGUCCAGGGCCACGGUCUGACCUGCGUGGUCCGUCACCCGGCGCUGCAGAGCGACUUCAGGAUCCCCUACGAGCUCAACGUGCAGUUUGCUCCUGAUAUCUCCGUUGUGGGGUAUGACGGGGACUGGUAUGUGGGCCGAGAGAACGUUCAGAUGACAUGCAAAGCCAACGCCAACCCACCGGCUCAUCACUUCAGAUGGAUCAGAUUGGACAGUGAAAUGCCAGACGGCGUGGAAACGAGGAACAGCACGUUGCUUUUCCUGCGUCCCCUUCAUCGGAAUGACUCUGGCGUUUACAGGUGCGAGGUUGCCAACAACAUUAACCUCCGCAGUCGAGAUGUGCGCAUCCUCAUACAAGACCAGUCUCAAGCGGAGAGGUCCAACUCCAUCGCCGUGGCCGGAGCAGUGAUGGGCGCCGUCCUCGCUCUCUUCCUCAUCGCCGUCUUCAUCAUCGUGAUUCUCACCGCUCGGAAAGCCCCUCCGACGGCCUACACCGACAAAGUGAUUGACCUUCCUCCGACUCACAAGCCGCCCCCUCCGUAUUCAGAGAGAGCACCGGCUGUUCCUCUGGGAGUCCACGCAUCACAAGUGACCUGGCUGUGUCAGGCUCGUAGAGCGGACCAGAAGUCCGAGCAGCGCCCGCCCGCAGCAGCGAGGCCCGUACCACCGUCGGCCCAGCAGCGCCACUCCCGCCUGGAGUGGGUGUGCCAUCAAAGCGGGACGGACCGGGUGUACAUCAACCACCGUGAGCACUACGUGUGACAGAUCUCCCUACAUGCAGUCCACCAAUCACCCGAGCAGCAACCCAGCAUAUGUGCUUCACCUGAUUCACCGAGCCAUCAAUCCRCAGGAGAGGAGAGGACAGGUGGCAGCGACGGAGGGAAAUGUCUCACUGUGCAGGCAGCUUUUAUCACAUAUUACUCCAAAAAAAAAAAAAAAAAAAAGUUAGGCAUUUUGAGGGAACAUCCUGUUCUUGAUUCGAGCCGUUUCCAGGCUCUCUCUGAAAUAGGCUGUGCUGUGAAUUUGUAGCUGUAGAAAGCCACGGAUAGCACAGAACAAAAGUGGAAUCAGGGGAACAGCCAGUACUGCUCCCUAAAUGUCAGACUUUCUCCAGCUUGGCUGUGUCAGACAUUCAGCUUUUUUUAAUUUUUUUUUAAAACAUUUUUAAAAAAACAACCUCGCCUUACGAUACAAUAGAACGGAUAAUUAUUUAAAAUGGAAAUCUGUGGCAUUUUAUUUAUACUCAGACUCACAAACAGACCAAACCUCAGAGAUCCAGUGAGAUUCAAUCUAUGAGCUUGAAGACAGAUAUAGAAAAUAUGUGCUAGAAUGUGUAGGCUUUGGAUAGAUUUAACUUUUUCUAGUGCAAUGAGAAAGUAUUCAUACACAGUGAAAUUUAAUCGCAUGUUCUCAGAUUACAAUCACGAACCUGAGUAUAUUUUAUUGUGAUUCUACACAAAGUAGCUCAUAAUUGUGAAGUUGAAGUGAAUACCUUGUUUUCAAAGCGUCUGCAAAUUUAUCCAGCCACCUAGAGUGGAUACUUUUACUGGAUGUAUUUUAGGAUGCAUAUCUACCAGCUUUGCAUGUUAAGAAGAUGAUAUUUUUGCCCUUUUUUUUUUUUUUGCCCACAUCAACAUCCUAUUGAAUCUAAGAUGCCAAUCUGGACUUUGUCUAUGUCAAACAUGCUUCAAUCUAAACCGUUUUAUUGUUAUUUUUUCUGUUUAUUUAUGGAGGUUGGUUGUCUUGUUGGAUCUCUGCACCCUUUUUCUUUGUUGUUUUUUUUUUAUUCCUCCUUAUUCAGCUCUAUUUUUCCACCAACUCUGACCGGCUUCCCGUUCCCCACCUUCUUCAAAUCAGUGCUACAUUCAUGCUGGUUUGUGCAGCAAAAAUUUUCGUUUGUGCUGCUGUCAUAUUGAAAUUAAGGUAGUUUUAGUCUCCCGUAGGAGAAAUUUGUUUAGGAAGGAGAGGCAAAACUGCAAUGCAACAGUAAAAACAGCACUUGCAAAAAGAUAAAUACUUAAAAAACAUAAAAACACAAAUGUCAGAUUGUGUUUGGCUGUGAAGUUAUUGAGAAUUUUAAAGGUAAUUUUGAUUUCAUAAAAGUGGGGAACUGGUUGACCUUUUGACCUUUAAACUUUCAUUAAUAUCUUCAAAGCCAAAGCAGCACAAACAAAAAAUGCUGCUGCACAAACAAUUUUGUCUGAUUUGAAGAAGGUGGCUGGUGGUGACAUCCCCACAUCAUGAUACUACCACCACCGUGCAUCACUGUAGUUCUGUUUAGAGGGUAAAACAAAGUAAAUCUGAUAUCUGGAUAGAGAAAAUGUCACUUGUCAAGAUGACAAUUGUCAGUUUCAUUAGUGAAAAAUAAUAAAAACCAUGCAUCACUUGAACAAUUUUUUUAAUAAUUAUGAGCUACUAUCGUCUUUCACAUAGAAUCUCAUUAAAAUACAUUGAAGUUUGUUGCAAUGUGAUAAAAUUUGGUCCUUUUUCAAGGCACUGUGAACCUAACCCUUUACUUAUCAGACACUAGAGGUGUGACAUCAGCUGUGUAGGAAUCUAUAGUCAAAGUGAAUCAGAGUUUGAGUUUUAAUGUGCCGUUCUUCUAAAUAACUAACCUGUCUAAGUGCCGUUAGGGGAUGGGGUCUUACUGACCUCCACAGCCCACUGUAACAAUGGCAUAAUCCACUGUGAAGAGCUGAAUAUAAGCUAUGUUCCUGUGUGAUGUAUUUACAUGUAUUAAAAUGCAUAUUUUUUACCA